UAGAGGUGCUGGAGACCCAGACAGUGGAGCUGGUAGAGCCGGAGAGGAAAGGAGGAGCAGGACCCGGGCACCGGGAGGGAGAGCGACUCCGGAGCUUGGGAGAAAGAAGCACCUUGCAUGUGAAUAUGAGGUCUGUCCCUGGAGCGAUCCUCAAGACACUCCUGGUGUUAUCUACCCCAAACUGGAACCGGGUCAUAGCUGGGAAUUCCUAUGGUUGUGAUGAGCCUCUGGUGUCUGCCUUGCCUCAGGCAUCCUUCAGCAGCUCCUCGGAACUUUCUAGCAGCCAUGCUCCGGGAUUUGCCAGGCUAAAUAGAAGAGAUGGAGCUGGUGGCUGGUCCCCGCUUGUGUCCAAUAAAUACCAGUGGCUACAGAUUGAUCUUGGAGAGAGGAAGGAGGUCACUGCUGUGGCCACCCAAGGGGGAUAUGGGAGCUCCAACUGGGUGACCAGCUACCUCCUGAUGUUCAGUGACAGUGGCCGGAACUGGAAACAAUACCGCCAGGAGGACAGCAUUUGGGGCUUUUCUGGGAAUGCAAAUGCAGACAGUGUUGUGUACUACAGACUGCAACCCUCCAUCAAAGCCAGAUUUCUGCGCUUCAUCCCUUUAGAAUGGAACCCCAAGGGCAGAAUUGGAAUGCGGAUUGAGGUGUUUGGAUGCACCUACAGAUCAGAAGUGGUCGAUCUUGAUGGACAAAGUUCUUUUCUCUAUAAAUUUGAUCCCAAAGCCCUAAGUCCAGUAAAGGAAAUUAUUUCUUUAAAAUUUAAAACCAUGCAAAGUGACGGUAUUCUCUUCCACCGGGGUGGGCAAAAUGGAGAUUACAUCACCCUGGAAUUAAGAAGAGGAAAACUCUUUUUGCUUAUUAAUUCAGGUGAAACAAAGCUGCCCUCAUCGCACACUCUGAUCAACCUCACCCUGGGCAGCCUGCUUGAUGACCAGCAUUGGCAUUCAGUGCUCAUCCAGCUGUGGGGCCAGCAAGUCAACUUCACGGUGGAUGAGCAGAGGCACCGCUUCCAUGCCCAGGGAGACUUCAGUUACCUGGAUCUGGAGCCUGAGAUCAGCUUUGGAGGGAUUCCAGCACCUGGAAAAUCAGUAUCAUUUUCUCAUAAAAAUUUUCAUGGAUGCUUAGAAAAUCUUUACUAUAAUGGAGUGGACAUUAUUGACUUGGCCAAGUGGAAUAAACCACAGCUCAUCAUUACGGGGAAUGUGUCAUUCUCUUGUUCACAACCUCAGUCCGUGUCAGUGACUUUUCUCAGUCCCAGGAGUUACUUGGCACUGCCAGGAUCUUCAGCGGAGGAUGAGAUCUUGACCACUUUUCAGUUUCGAACCUGGAAUAAGGCAGGCCUGCUGCUCUUCAGUGAACUUCCAUUGGUUUCCGGAAGUCUCCUCCUUUUUCUUAAUGAUGGGAAACUCAAGCUGAGCCUCUACCAGCCAGGAAAAUUACCCAGUAACACCACAGCAGGAGCAGGCUUGAAUGAUGGACAAUGGCAUUCCGUCUCCUUAUCGGCCCAGAGGAAUCUCCUGAGCAUGGUGGUGGAUGGUCAGAUGAUUUCUGCUCCUCCUUCCCUGGGCCCCGAACACACUCAUUCAGGGGGAACAUAUUAUUUUGGAGGUUGUCCUGACAACAGCCUCGGAUCCGAAUGCAGAAACCCACUGGGUGGAUUUCAGGGCUGUAUGCGUCUCAUUUCUAUCCGUAACCAGGUGGUGGAUCUGAUUUCUGUCCAGCAGGGCUCCCUGGGGAACUUCAGUGACCUUCAGAUAGACUCAUGUGGCAUCACAGACAGGUGUUUGCCUAACUACUGUGAACACGGUGGUGAGUGCUCGCAGUCCUGGGACACUUUUUACUGCAACUGCGCAGAUACAGGCUACAGAGGAGCCACUUGCCACAAUUCUAUCUAUGAGCAGUCAUGUGAAGCCUAUAAACAUAGAGGAAAUACUUCAGGGUUUUAUUAUAUAGAUUCAGAUGGAAGUGGCCCCUUAGAGCCGUACCUUCUAUAUUGCAAUAUGACUGAAACCGCCUGGACCAUCCUCCAGCACAACGUCUCUGACUUAGUCAGAAUUAGACACACUCGCCCUGAAAGCCCCUACGCGGGGUCUUUUGAGUAUGCCGCCAGCUCCGAGCAGUUGCGGGCCACAAUUCAGAGCGCAGAGCACUGUGAGCAGGAGCUUGCCUACUACUGCAAGAGGUCCCGGCUGGUCAGCAGGCAUGAUGGAACUCCUCUGAGUUGGUGGGUUGGAAGAACGAAUGAAACACACACCUACUGGGGAGGCUCUUUGCCUGAUCCUCAAAAAUGCACUUGCGGAUUGGAGGGAAAUUGCAUCGAUUCUCAAUAUUACUGCAACUGUGAUGCCGACCGAAAUGAAUGGACCAAUGACACUGGAUUCCUUUCAUAUAAAGAACACCUGCCCGUCAGGAAGAUCGUGAUCACAGACACAGGUCGGCCCCACUCGGAAGCAGCGUACCGCCUAGGACCUCUGCUGUGCCGAGGAGACCGAUCCUUUUGGAAUUCAGCAUCCUUCAAUACUGAAGCGUCCUACCUUCAUUUUCCUACUCUGCAUGGAGAACUUAGUGCUGAUGUGUCCUUCUUUUUUAAGACAACAGCCUCAUCUGGGGUAUUUUUAGAGAACCUGGGAAUUACUGACUUCAUACGAAUAGAGUUACGCUCUCCAUCAAUAGUGACUUUUUCAUUUGAUGUGGGCAAUGGGCCUUUGGAAAUCUCGGUGCAAUCACCAACUCACUUCAAUGACAACCAGUGGCACCAGGUGAGGGUGGAAAGGAACAUGCAAGAAGCAUCCAUCCAGGUGGACCAGCUCACUCCAAAGACUCAGCCUGCCCCAGCAGAUGGGCAUGUCCUCUUACAGCUCAACAGCCAACUCUUCGUGGGUGGGACGGCCACCAGGCAAAGAGGCUUCCUGGGAUGUAUUCGAUCCCUACAAUUGAACGGCCUGGCCCUGGACCUAGAAGAAAGGGCCAAGGUGACACCUGGGGUCGAGCCAGGCUGUCGGGGCCAUUGUAGUAGCUAUGGCAAACUCUGUCUCAACGGAGGGAAGUGCAGAGAAAAACCCAGUGGGUUCUCCUGUGACUGCACCUACUCUGCCUAUGCAGGACCAUUCUGCAACAAAGAGAUUUCUGCCUAUUUUGGAUCAGGCUCGUCUGUGAUUUACAAUUUUCAAGAAAAUUAUUCCUUAAGUAAAAAUUCCAGCUCCCACGCUGCAUCAUUUCAUGGUGAUAUGAAGCUGAGCCGAGAAAUGAUCAGGUUUAGCUUCCGAACAACGCGCACCCCAAGCUUACUACUUUAUAUGAGCUCCUUUUAUAAAGAAUAUCUCUCGGUAAUCAUUGCUAAAAAUGGAAGUUUGCAGAUAAGAUACAAGUUAAAUAAAUAUCAAGAACCAGACAUUAUUCUCUUUGAUUUAAAAAACAUGGCAGAUGGGCAACUCCACCACAUCAGGAUUAACCGAGAAGAAACCCUGGUCUUUGUUGAGAUUGAUGAAAACACAGGGAGACAAGUCCAGCUGGCAUCAGGAACAGAGUUUAGUGCCAUCAAGUCUCUUGUCCUGGGAAGGCUGGUAGAACUCGGCGAUGUGGACCAGGAGACUGCACUGGCUGGUGCACAGGGCUUCCUGGGUUGUCUGUCUGCUGUCCAGUUCAGCCACGUGGUCCCUCUGAAGGCUGCCCUGCACCCCAGCAGCCCUGCACCCAUCACUGUCUCAGGACAUGUAUCAGAGUCCAGCUGUAUGGCUCCCGCUGGCACAGAUGCUACCUUAAGGGAGAGGACACACUUAUUUGCAGAUCAUUCUGGAACAAAAGAUGACAGAGAACCCCUUGCCAAUGCAAUCAGAAGUGACUCAGCAGUGAUUGGAGGUUUGAUAGCGGUGGCGAUCUUUAUCUUGCUCUGCAUCACUGCCAUAGCUGUUCGCAUUUAUCAGCAGAAAAGGUUAUACAAAAGAAAUGAGGCAAAAAGGUCAGAGAAUGUAGACAGGGGCGAGGCUGUCUUGAAAAGUGAGCUUAAUAUUCAAACUACAGUUAGUGAAAACCAGAAAGAGUACUUCUUCUGAUGGGCAGCUCUGAUUUUGUUUAUAAUUACAACUGUCUGCUUUAAUAGCCAGGACACUCAAUGGACAGAAUAAAAAAGCUUGUACCCUGAAUUUCCAGGGAGUGGACCUGCAACACCCCCAUCUUGCCAUAUCCAGACUCGAGAUGGUUCCAGGAAGCCUCAUCCAGAGAUAUUUCCCCAUAGCCAUCAUUCUGGAGAAGGAAGAACUAGACAGUGCUCUUAAUUUCCAACUCUUCUGCUAGGAUCUUGAAAUCAUAAAUUGAACUCACUUGAUUACUAUGGUUUUUAAAUGUGAAAAUCAUAGCCUUGUUCUCUACCAUGUGAUACAUACAUUUUGUUAACAGGAAAAAUACCAAAAUUGGACUCUAAUGAUGCUUUAUUUGAGAACAUGUUGUAUUUGCUUUAGUGUUCCCAUCAUGUCAUUCCCAGACCUGGAAAUGCCUCUUAAGAUUUUGUUUGGCUGGUGUUCGCAUCUUCAAUGGCCAAAUGUAUACAAAUCCCUUUGCCUCAAUACAGUUUGCUGGUAGUCUUGAAAGCUAAUUUAUCGUCAUUGGUUGCUUUGUAUUUUUUUUCCUACUUGCCUCUUCAUAAUUUUUAGGUUUGAGUGUCAGAUUCUAGCUCUGAAUAUAAAAUCAUAUGUAAUAAUACACAGUUGUCAGUAUGUGACGUCUUGCUUUUAAAAUGUUUUCUAUUAAAUUGACAGCAUUAUUUUUGCAGUAGCAGUAGUUAAGACCUGGGAUAAUGUCAGUUUCCCAGAGAAUGAGAAAUGUUUGCAACUAAACUUGUUGAUGAAAAAACUCAUAGAUCUUAGCACUGCAAAAAUAUUUUUAUUUAUAACUGUAAUAUCGCCAAUGAAACAUGCUUCUGAGACUAUUUCCCCCCUACUUUCUGUCAGUUUUCUCUAUAGAUUUAUACUUCUGGUAUCUUUAAAGUUUAUCACCAAGUUUUCUUUGAUCUCUCCUGACUAUAUUCCAUAGAACACGUUCCUAGUUAUUAGAAAAAGAAAGACAAUCGAAGCAUAGAAUUCGGUUACCCUUUUUAAUAUAUAGUCCCCUACAGGUAUACUUCUGGCAGUAUGUAGAACUCAAGGACAUACUUUCAGAAAUAUGAUGCAGUCUUUUCUGCAAAUCUGUAUUGUGAUUCAAGAACUCUUCUGGCAUGUACGGACUGGAGGAGGUAAUACAUUAUAUGUCCUAUACUAAGUCCGCUCUUCUGCUCAUUUCUCAUUUACAAUGAGGGGUAACAUUUCUCAAAAGGUUCUACAAACCAACAUAACUUUCUAAAACUUGCUCAUUAUAUAAUAACUAGUUGUACUUGAACUGUAUAUUGUCCCAGGAGUUCAAAGGACUAUCAAUAGCUAAUGAAAGAGUUACAGUGAUUAAUUUUGAGGCCAUGUGAACAGAUGCUUGCAUGUAGCUAUCAUUGAAUUGUAUAAGAUAAUUAUAUAAUAAAGGCACUUGGUUAUUUGUACUUUAACUAUUUAGGUGCCUCACAAGGGGGGAAAAUGAAUUCCUUCAUUUGUCUACAUCAGACUUUGGAAAUAAUGUGAAUUUGGCAUCUUAUUUUCUAUAUGUUUUUAUUUAACAUUCUUUAUGAAACCUGCCUGUCUUUUCUCCUAAUAUUAGACCCAUAUUGAUGUUUCUGUAAAAUGCCUGACUAGACAUUGAGGAUCUGAUGUAACAUAGCAGUUUGUGAAGGAUUGAUGUUGAUGAUUCCUUUUUUUUUUUUAAGUUGAAAGAUCUUGUUGGCUAGAGAAGACUUGAACACAGAAUUUUUUUUAAUUUAAGAUUUGGAGCAGCAAAAUACAGACAUGGCAGCUUUGAACACUUGUUCUUUGGUAGCAGCAUAAACUUGGUUGAGAGCUGGAGUGCAAAAUGGUUUGUAGAUGGUGAAGCCUCCAAGUAUUUACUCUGUGGUCUACACCACUAAAAACUGCAGCAUUAUGGCAUCAAAACGCAUAACUGCAUCAACUGCCUUGACCUUCUUUCCUGGUUUGUAAGCUACUUCUUUUUUCCUAAUAAUAUGCAUUUCAAGGUAAAAUGCAAAAUAUAUUUUAAGAGAUGUUGUAUAAAAGUUUAAAACUAGGGAAUUAUACUGGAUUUUGUUUUCUUAAAAAAGUAAAAGAUGUGUAGAUGUA